AUGCUCUAUCUGGCCCCCCUGUUCUGGAUGGGCAAACUAAAGGCCAGAUUCGGAGCUGAUCAAGACCCUAGCCGCACACCAUCAGUGGUAGCGGGGCCUGUUACAAUCUCAGAGAAUAUAACACGCCCGUACCUACGCUGGCUAGGAAUCCUCUUCGACAAGAAGCUCAGCUUUAAAUAUCAUGUUAAAGAAAUGGCUCCCAUAGCUAUAAUCGUUAGCCGUGAGGAACCCUGGCCGACCAUCAGGCCAGUACGUACUACAGGAUAUCUACAAGAGGAUCAGGACCCUGAGAGGCAGGGGCCUGCAGCAGGGAGAUAUGGAGCUGCGCUGGAUCCCUGCGCAUAUCGGAAGGUCUUAAGGAUAUACGAGGGCCUGAGCAAGCCCCAGACCUCUAUAAUUAUCCAGAUGCGCACUAUGAGGAUCGGACUGAGGCAUUUCCUCUUCAAGAUAAAGCAGGUCGACUCCGACCGUUGCGGGUGUGAAUUAGGUUCUCAAACGCCUAAACACGUCCUUAUGGAGUGCUCGCUGCACCUCGCUGGUCGGAGAAUAAUGAUGGAACGUCUCGACUCUAUCGAGGGACUGCGUGGGCGUAUACAGGACUGCGACGCAGUCAUGAACCACCCGCAGGCGAUACGCUACGUCGCCGAUUUCAUGCAACGAACAGGCCUCCUACAACAAUUCCGAUUCGCCACAUUUAAAGACGAGGAGGACGAGGAGGUCCCGGAACCCAGCACCCUCCUGAAGGGACUCGAUCUAAACGAGGAAGACGAUGAUUAUAUUGAACACUAA